AUGGGCGGCGGGAGAGUUGGGCCCCGCGGCUGCGGCAACAGGAGGGGGGGGGACUCCUUCCCGGAGCGGGCGGUGCUCCCCGCCCCCCCGGCCGAAGUCCCUCGCGUCCUCUCCCUGCCUUCCGAGCACAGGGGGCGCGUCUGGGAGGCUGCGAGCCGCCGGGCGGCACCGAUCUCUUCUUUUUCUCCUCGCAGGGGCCGAAGAGCCGCAGCAGGCAAAGCGGGAGCCAGUAAAGAAGUCUCUGCCCCCCCCCCCCCCGCGCAAAACACGGCCUUCCAAACAGAGAGAGGCGACUCUGGGGCGGGCGGGCGAGCCCUUGCCCUUGCCCCUGCCCCUCCUGGCCGGAGGACGCUGCGCCCGCCUGCAGAUGCACCCCCGCCGCCUCCACCCGCGGCGUGUACGGAAGACCCCCUUCCCUCCUCGGCCUCCCAGCCCUGGGCUGCCCCCCAGCGCCGACAAGGGGGCUCCCGCCACAGUGUGCGCCAAGGCCUCGCUGGUGAAGAGGCGCCCCGCCAGGCAGCUUCAGAUCCUGCUGCAGCCCCUGCUUUUCCAGGCAACUGCCCGGCAGGAGCUCAGCCUGGGUUCCACUCCCCACUCGGCCGUGCUCUCUCUGGCCUACCUCAGGGGGCUGUUGUGAGGAUAAAGGGGCCCAAGAAAGGGAGCACCCACCGGUGCCACUGUGAGCUUCACAGAUGGGAGAUGGAACAAGCCCCUCCGGGUCCCGGCCGGAUUUCAAGCCCCCAAGGGGGACUUUCCAGGGCGUGGGGGUCGGAUGCUGGCGCCCGGCAGUCCAGGGGGGCUUCUGCUCUGCCCCCGCCUCUCCCUCCCUCCCUCCCUCCCUUGCACCAGCAUGCCAGGCUGUCAACAGGGGAAGGGACUCUGCCCCCCCCGCCCCCCCAGACAAGAGGCAGGCCUCCCUGCAGCCUCUGGCAGGGAGGGGGGGCGGCGCCAGGGCCUGUUUGCCAGAGGAGGCGGGAGGCGUGUGGGGUGUGUCCUGCUUUGCCUUGGCUGGGCUGGCCCGGAGGGAGAGAGCAGCCGCCGCCGCUGCUGCCGCCACUACCACGGCUGCUUGGGGGGCCCACUUGCCACUCGGAGGAAGGCAGGCAGAGCAGGAGCAGCUUCCUCCGACAGGCCUGAAGCGACGUCUUCCCGGACAAGAUCCACCCCAUCCACCAGCAGCGAGACGGACCCCCAGAGCGGACGGGCCUACUUCAGUGGGAAGGCACGGGUGUCCUUCCGUCACCAGCUGGACUCGGAGAGAGAGACCACCAACUGAGCCCAGGCUGGAUGGCUGACACCCCACCCCAGUCGCUUCUGCUGCUGGCACAAGCAGGCCAGGACCCCCAGGGGGAGGCGGGGCCCUCCUCCCCCCCACUGCAGACCCCAGGGACAAGGGGGCUGAAGACCAAGGGAAGCUGUCGCUAGCCUGUUAGCCUGCUGGGACCAGGCAAUAUGCAGGAGGUCAAGCUGGGGGGGGGUGUUGUGUCUGAGUGGAGAUGGAGGAGAAGCCAGGCAGCUGCUGGGGGGCCAAGAGGCAGCUGUGGCCGCCGGAGACCCCAAUCCCCGUGGGAGUGCUUAGCAUUCUGCGCAACAAUAAAGCAGCCUGUCCCUCUGA